UCGCCGUGCGAUGGACGCGAUUCCCAACAUCGCGGUAGCAGACGGCUGUUGAGGUUGGGGUGAGCGUUCGUUACCUGUGUGUAUGUGUGUACGGAGCACCUGCCUUCUGUCUUUCAGUGCGCGGCGUGUUCUGAUGUGCGGCACACACAAAAAAUGAAGCGUUACACUAGAGACACCAAGUAACAAAGUUGACGGGGGCAGCGUUACUUCUGACAACGCCGAACAUGCUUCGUCUGCGAAGGAUUGGAUUGCUUCUGAUGGUCACCUGGAUAAUGUUGUGUUUGAGGACAGGUCACUGCUACACACGUACGACACAAGGACGGAAAGCCUCAAGCUGGCGACGAUCAAUUCAACCAGUCGCCAUGCAGCCUAUGCCUUUUGAACCGGCUUCGGAAUCUGACCAGGAAGCGGGACAGGAUCACGAAGGCAAUGAAGUUGUUCACACCCAAGAUUCAUCCACUGACGGUAUUUCCACGGAUAAAGCAGGCAGACACGCAACAGAUGCACCAGAAAAGACAGCGAAAAGUAAACUGUACGUGAAGCGCCCGUUAACCAACAUCACGAAAGACAGCGGCGAAAGCGUUCGACUCCGCUGUGAAGUGGCGGGGGCACCCGCCGGGACAAAGGUCCUCUUCCGAUGGUUCAAGAACGAGGCCCCCGUCGAGGAAGAUCGAGGCCGAGUAGAGGUGCGCGGAGUCAGCAUUCCGGGUCCGGGCGGCGCUCACGGUUCCAGACUGAGGAUCGUCAACCUAGACGUGCACGACACCGGGUUUUACCGCUGCGAGGCCAGCGAUGGGCAGAACAGCGUGGAGACCACGGCCAUCCUCAGGGUCUCAGCGGGGCUGCUCCACCAUGCUCCGGCACAGAUCCCACAGUUUCCCCCAGUUUUUCCCCAUUUUCCUGGACUGAGUGGAAGUCAGCCCAGCACGGGCAUCAUUGAACCACCAGCCAUACCGGCAGGGGGAUCGUGCCAAAUCUACCAGGGUGUCACCUGCGGCCAGUACUUGGGCAACCGCAGCGUGUACGUCCGGCCUCCGCCAGACAAUCUGGCCACCAUGGAAGCCAAGGUGGCCGCAGCGUUUACCGUCGUCGCCACGUCCCACGACAUGUCUGCCCAGUGCCACAAAUACGCCAUUCCUUCGCUCUGCUUUUUCGUCUUUCCGCCCUGCGAGCCGGGGGAAAGCGAACCCGUACCACGCUCGGUUUGCCGAGACGAGUGUGAACUGCUGGAGCACAGUGUUUGCCGCAUGGAAUACAGCAUAGCUAAACGACACCCGCUCAUUGGCCAGCAAAAUCUGUUGCCAGUCUGCGAGAAACUCGCUCCCGUGGGGUCACCGGAGAGCGCAUCCUGCCUGCGGCUUGGAGUGGCUCCUAAAGAAGUGGAGAACGUCAGAACAGAGGAAAGUUGCUACAUGGACAACGGCGAAGACUACAGGGGCACAGUGUCCGAAACCAUCUCUGGACUUCCGUGUCAGCCAUGGACACACCAGAUCCUUUUCUCGCGAAUCGCCGAAUAUCCAGAAAUUGUGGGCGGACACAAUUACUGCAGGAAUCCUGGUGGGAAAGAGGCCCAACCCUGGUGCUAUACGUCCGGCCCCUAUGUCACAAAAGAAAUGUGUAGCGUUCCAAAAUGUGUGGACUACCUCUGGCUCUACAUCCUGCUUGCCAGCAUUGCCAUGAUAGGACUGGUAGGGCUACUCUUGGGCGUCGUCUGCUUUCGUCGCCGUGGGAAACCACCCCUUCCAGCCCCGAACAAGACUCCAGGAAAGACUGCAGGAAUCCGCGCCCCACAGCAGAUGGAAAUGGGCAGACUCCUGCCACGGCCAGUGCGUGCACCCGAAGUGUCCGCGUCCAGGAUUCGUUUCCUGCAAGAGCUUGGGGAAGGAGCCUUUGGCAAAGUCUACCGCGGGGAGCUUCUUGCGGUCGCGCCGCCCAAGGGGGCCCGAGACAACGGCCGCAUCAACCUCAACGGCACACCAUCCAUCGCUGUCGCAAUAAAGACCCUGAAGGAGAACGCGACGAUCAAGACCCAGCAGGACUUCCAGCGCGAAGCCGAACUCAUGGGUGAUCUUCAACAUCCCAACAUUGUCUGCUUGCUCGGCGUCUGCACAAAGGAAGAACCCAUGUGCAUGCUCUUUGAGUACAUGCCACACGGAGAUCUCCACGAGUUUCUGGUGAGCCACUCUCCGCGCUGCGACGCGGUCCCUACGGACAACGCGGUGCAGGCACUCGAACUUGCGGACUUCCUCCACGUGUCACGGCAGGUCGCUGCAGGUAUGGAGUACCUCGCUGCCCACCAUUACGUCCACAGGGAUCUCGCUGCUCGCAACUGCCUCGUCGGCGACUCGCUCACGGUGAAGAUAUCGGACUUUGGCCUGUCCCGUGACGUCUAUUCUUCGGACUACUACAGGGUGCAGUCCAAGUCCCUGCUGCCCGUUCGAUGGAUGCCACCAGAGUCGAUCCUCUAUGGCCGCUUCACGACAGAGAGCGACGUGUGGUCGUUUGGAGUCCUGCUUUGGGAAGUCUUCAGUUAUGGGCUUCAGCCAUAUUACGGCUAUGCCAACCAAGAAGUCAUUGAUCUCGUACGAGCUAGGCAGUUGCUUCCAUGCCCCGAAGACUGUCCUCCGCAUCUAUACGCCAUGAUGGUGGAAUGCUGGCACGAAGUUCCGCAGAGGAGGCCAACGUUCAGAGAGCUGCACGCCAGGCUAUGCUCUUGGCAAGCUAUGCACGCUCGCAGUGCUAGCCUGAGCACGCAUGGCAGCAAUCACACUGGAUCGACGGCUGUGAGCCACAAAGGAGGCAGCCCGCUAUUAGGGGCAGGCGAGCGUCCGCACACACCUCAGGGAAGGAACAUGGGGCACCCGCCGCACUUCGGUCCCCCGUACAACCUCCUUGACGGAAAAGUGUCGAAAGUCUGACGCCAGCCUCCGUGCAGCUUGUAUUUUCUCUGAUGCAACGGCUGCUCUCAUGUGGUGGUGCUUACUCGACAUCGAGUUCCAACGUUCGGACACUCUCUCCCUCGUACAGGGAAGAACUUGGAAAAGGGUCGGACUACAGCUUACACAAUACUCUGGACUUGAAUCAUCCACACGUGUGGUUGAGCGCACGACUGCCGCCGGCAGUCGAGGACAGUGUGUCUCGAUACAUCAACGUUGCAAUAACGAAAAAGUCUGUUCCUAUGUUUUGCAUGGCUGGACAAGAGAUAACUUCAACGGAGACCCACGUGUGCUGUGCUGGCAAUGAGCGCAUUGGGCGUGCAACUCUUUUAUCUCGGCAUUUUAAAGGACCAGGAAUGUGCCGCUCGCAAUGAGCGUGUAUGCUUGUCGUAAAUAUUGAGCGCUACUUGCAACCUUGCUAUGCGACGUGAAAAAGAACGCACAGUUUGCAAGGUAUUGACUGCCUGCAAAACCAUGACUGUUCAUUAGUGACUUGCCUUGUUGGAAAAGAACAUUUGUUAAAUGGUUGGGGAUCGAUUGUACGAUGGUUGCAGAAAAGUGUAGCAUAGGUACAAGCAGUGCUCAGAUAAUAUAUCCUUUUGUUUCCCAAUUUAUGUACAUUGUGAAGCAUGUUACAAGGCCAUGUCAUCGCAGACAGUCAACGAAUCGUAAACUGUUUGCUUCACAAUGUGCCCAAAUUAUAUAGUUAGGAUCUGACUUUUUCGGGUUAAAUGCCCUUCCGGGUUUUGGAGGGGCGAGGAAUCGGGUGCUAUUUUUAAAGCUGUAGAUCGGGGUGAAAUCGGGUGCGACUGCUAGAUUCAAGCAUUGUUAGGUUAUCACUUUCUGCUUUCUGUCAACAUCACCUAGACAGAGAAAGCCUGCACAUUGCCUCCUCUCCCUCUUUCAAUUAAGAGUCAGAACUCGUCUGCUACCGCGAUUCAGUUUUGCGAAUUCAAGAACCCGCAAAUGAUCGCAGCUGACCUGGAACCUGCAGACCUAAAUAUUUAGACAAAAAGUGCAAAACGCGUUCAGAAAAUCAGUUCUGAGAAAGAUUGAGACCGUUUUGCUCUUUAUUUCCAACUUUUCCCACGUAAUACGCGGGAACGUCCCAUCACAACUCGCAGACGACGACGGUUCUUCUCCAUGGCCACGACCGCUGAAAGCACGUUCGUGAUUGGCUACGGCCGUUGAAAACACGAUCCUGAUUGGCUGACUCUUAAUUGUUACGUCACGUCGACGAGCGUGCAGGCUUUCUGUAUCGAGGUGGUUGUGUUCCUGUCCAGCAAGCUGCCUGCCGUUACAGUGCAUAAACUGGUCAAACAUGCAUACCUUGCCAUUUAUAGUGACAAGCACCGCAUGUUGGAACAUCAAAUAUGCUUCGCAUAGUACUAAUAGCUAAAACAAUAUUUACGUCAGAAAUGCGUGCAAAUUUCUACUAAACAGUGCACGAGAUACACGACUGGAAGUCGCGGAGAAAUCGUGCUCAACCUGAAUUGGUCCAAAACUGAAUCUGAAGGAAUGGGGGUUUAACUCAAAAAAGUCAGCACCUGGAGGAAGUGUCUCCACCAUUGCAAUUUAUUUUGAGCUGUAAAUAGAAUUUAGUUUAAACAAGCUUUUAUAUUUUGUGUGUGCAGUCGUCGUAAUUAUUUUCUACAUCUAGUCUUGAGUUCAGAGAUAUGCAUACUCGGUAUUAAAGCAUUAUAUCAUCACAGCAGCAGUGUUGAUGUUGCUCUUCUGGUGUGGUUCGCAUUCAACUCUGCUGGUUUGCAAUACAUACACACAAAGCGCUAAAUAAAGCCACAACACUGCUAAGUACAAAAUUAGAAGGUAUUCAUGACUGAUCCAGGCGAAGUACCAUCAUGGUUGGAAACUUAAAUAAUUGCAAUACUUCAGGCAGUCUAACGAUUGUGUUUGUGGCAACCCUUGUCAUAUUGAGAUCACUAGCCAUCAGUUCAUACAAGCACACCAUUUUUAGUCACCUGUGCAUGCUAUCACCUUUAUCUUAUCCACAACUUCUGAGUAUCAAGGUGAUCCAAUGGUUCAAAGGCAGCCAUAUAACCACCGUCAUUUGGUAUUUUUAAGACAAAAGCACCAGACAAUGGAGAAGGCAUGGCUACCUUUGUGCUUAGGUAAGUUCUAAAGAGAUAUGCCAAAGUCAGCUUGUUUUAAGAUUAGUAUGGUGCACACCACACACAAAAUUACCUUAUCAUGCUUCAUGAAAUAGCCAUCUUAGCCAUCUUUUCGUUAUGAUGAAAUACGCCACUGGUGAAACUUGCCAAUGUGUGAACCAGCGGCAUAAGCGAUCACCUUUGCCUAAUAUUGUAUUCACAGUCCAUGAAUGACUGCGCAAAAUACUACCCUAGUUCAUUGACAUGAUUUAACAUGUUGUGGCAUGACAUCAAUGUAAAUAUUAAUAUGCUAAAAUUGCUUCGCUAUCUCAAGUGCCAUGCAGAGUGCAGACAUAACACAUAUCGCUACAUCGAGCACCAGUGUUUCAUGGGCGAGAAACUCCAAUGCACCGCUGUGUGCUAGAGUUGUUUUAACACGCGUUCUCCCGAUCACAGAGACUACUUAGUGAUUGUCAGUCCAAAAGUGUACUAUAUUGUCCUCUGUAAAAAAAAAAAAAUAUGUGAGUGACUUUGUUGGUGAGAGUGUUUGUCUUUUGAUACAUAAAAUGUAAUAAAGUUAAGUUAUGGUGAUUUAUUAC